AUGAUGGAGAUAACAAUCGCAUUUCUUCUCAAAUCGUUGGUAUUUCUUCUGUUUUGGUCACACUACGAGGGGAAAGAGACAGAGUUUAAAGAUGUCACUUGCGGUUCCCUGGUAAAACUCCUGAACACCAGACAUAGCGUCCGUCUACAUUCCCACGAUGUCAAAUAUGGCUCAGGGAGUGGACAGCAGUCUGUGACAGGUGUCGAGAGCGCAGAUGAUGGCAAUAGUUACUGGAAGAUACGAGGAAAGCCCAACCAUCCCUGCCAGCGUGGGACACCAAUUAAGUGUGGUCAGGCUAUACGAUUCACACACAUGAAGACUGGCCGCAACCUUCACACACACCACUUCAGCUCUCCCUUGUCAAAUCAUCAGGAGGUCAGUGCAUUUGGAGAAAAUGGCGAGGGUGACGACUUGGACGUUUGGACAGUGCAGUGUGAUGGUAUCCACUGGGAGCGUAAUGACGCCGUGCGAUUCAAACAUGUAGGUACCAAUGUUUUUCUGAGUGUGACGGGCGAGCAGUACGGUCCCCCCAUUCGUGGUCAACGGGAAGUGCACGGGAUGCCUUCUGCAAACCAGCAUAACUGGUGGCAGGUAAUGGAAGGUGUCUUCAUCCAGCCGAGCCAGGAUCCCCUCCAUCACUCUGCCCAUCACAAUGAACUCUGA